GAUUUGGCAUCUUUUGAAUCAGUCGCCUUACCAGCUUUGAAAAAGGGAUCACUGAGUGAAAACAAAAACAGUGUUAUGAUAAUUGAUGAAAUCGGCAAGAUGGAAAUGUUCAGCAGACAAUUCGAAAAUUUGGUUAGGACAGUGUCGUGAUUCUAACUUGAAAUGAGAAGAUGUUUUCAACGUUGCUAUUAAUGUUAACAAAAUACUAAACAAACUAAAUGUAAUGGAUUUUGAAAAUAAAAAAUUUCGUGAUCAAUUGGACAUUGUUUUGGAAAAACAGUUCAAAAAUUCUCAAGAUUCUCAAGCAUGUUCAACUAAUACAUGUCGUAACAAAUCCAUGCAAGAUAAGUUUGAUGCUCAAGCUAACACAAUUUCUGAUGACGAACUAAAUAGCUCGAAUAAAAUUAUUAUUUUUAUAAGUGAUGUGAAUGUAAUUGAUGUACCAUCCAAUACUGUUCAAAAGGUUAGAGAAACUAACACAUCUUCAAAACAAGUAAGUGACUACAACUUUGAAUUAUUACUAAGCAUGAAUUUAAAAGACAACUCCCAAUGUAGAAUUUUAACAGAUUCAAGACAGUCUCUUGUUCAUAGUGUUCAAGACAAAAUUAACGACCUUAAGACAAUUCAGUCUGAAACUCUUAGUACAAUUCUUGAAGAAUUAAGUCGACUAAACACUGGAAUUAUCAACUUGAAUAGGAGAGUGAAUUCUUUUGAAGAGUGUAGUGCUUUGUCAUCUAGUUAGAGUAGUAAGAAUACCACUAAUUUUAAUCCACCGGUUGUAAAUCGGACUAAUAAUAAAUCUAAAAAUUCUGAUGAGUUAAUGCAAGCUCAUGAAGGAAACUCAAUGAAUCCUUCUGUGACAGAAGGUAAAAAAUGGAAUGUGGUCGCAAAGCGAAAUAAAUUCAAGAUACACAACAGUGAGACUAAUAUAUCAGAUAAAAAUAAGCAUGCAGUUUUGCAUUCAAAUGAAAGCAGUGGCUUGACAAAACCUAGUGGGUACAGUAAUAACAGUACUAAUGGUAGAAGUAAGCCUACUAAUGAGGUCGGUGUUGAUGCAUCUGUCAAUAAGAGUAACAGUUUUAAUCAUAUUGUGGGUAGUGGAACGAGUACAUCCAAAUUGAUAUCAGCCCAAAGGAAGGACUGGAUUUUUGUUUCCAAGUUGGCAGUGGAUACUAAAUGUGAGGCUGUUUCUUAAUAUGUAAAACAAUUUAUUUCAGGUGAAAUUUUGUGUGAGGAGGUGAAAUCAAAGUUUCCUACUUACAAAUCAUUUAAAAUAGCAGUUGAUGUAGGUAAUAAGGACAAAAUUAUCAAAUCUGAGAUAUGGCCUGAAGGUGUACUUGUAAGUAGAUACCGGUUCCAGAAACAACCACAACCUAAAUCCAAGCAUUUUUUAGGCCAAAAGAAAAAUUAAUGUGUUCAAGACCUUCUCCUUCCAAUCAAUUCAAUGACUUGAAUAAUGUGACAAGUGCAACCAAAAAAAAGGACCUGUGGAUCUGUUUCAUAAAAGUUCAGUGUCUACGCACCAAGCUUGAGUCCCUUGAACUCCUGUGUGAGGAGGUGUCACCUGACUUUCUGUGCAUAUGUGAGCAUUGGCUCAAGCACUAAGAAACUGAGUUCUAUCACAGUAUUAGCAGUCUAGGUUUGUCAAGUAUACACUGCAGGGAUACCAUGAGUUGUGGAGGUACUGCUGUUUAUGUGGAGGAGAAACUAAAGUCUGAAGUAAGAAUUGUUGAUUUAAAAAGAUUCAGUGUAGACUCUGUCAUUGAACUGUAUGCAGUGUUGUAUUUGAGUUGCUCACUAUUAAUUUUAACAGUUUACAGAUCAUCAAAUGGUGAUAUCAAUUCUUUCUUUGACAUGUUGGAGGAUUGUCUAGGUCAUCUGAAUGCUCUACAGUACCAGAUAGUUAUGUGUGGCGAUUUUAAUAUACAUCUGGAGGAGUAUGGUGUUUUGGAAAAUCGAUUCACAGUUCUUCUCAGGAGCUAUGGUCUUAUCAUCGGCAACAGGGCCCCAACUAGAGGAACCGCUUGUUUGGAUACAGUUGCAACAAUGCUGGAUUCAUGGGACUAUGUUGUUGAAGUGAUUGAACCAGUUGUGGCAGAUCAUCAGGCCCUGCUUAUAGAUGUUGGCCUAUCCAAAGCAGAAAGAGUCAAUCCUGAAUGGUUCUGUAAAUACAGGUUCACACAUAGGAGAACUGAUGAAAACAACUUACCUGUUUUUGCUGGAAUGCUUGGGAGAGUCAACUGGAGUAUCUACAUUAAUUGUGAUUGGAGAAUUUCUUUCAGUAAUUUCUUCCAGAGGUUCAUGAGUAUGUUUGACGACUUCCUCCCAAAAAGAGUGAGGCGGUUUACUGGGAGAAGAAAUGAACCCUUCAGUCAUGUUGAUAAGUCAUGGUAUACAGCAGACUUGGCUAGUAUUAGAACACUUGUUAUUAUUGCCAACAAUAUGUACAAGAAUGUUGUAACUGCAGAGGAGAGAAACAAGUUCUAUUCAGCUUACCUCAGACUGAAGAAGAUAUAUCAACCGGAUAUUGUCAACUCAAAGAGCAUCUGGAAUGAGGGUCGUAUUAGGAAUGCUCCAAACCCAUGCUAGGCAGCCUGGAAUUUUAUCAACAGCUCCAAAAGCGAGAAAGUUGUACUGUCAGGAUGUGCAAGUCCUGAUGACUUCAACAAUUUCUUUAUUCACACAGUGGCUGGGAUAGUGGAGGCUCUCACCGGUUCACCUGAUGAUGCAGUGAAUCAUGUUCCUGUCAGUGUUUGCAGUUUUGUGAAGUGGGAGAAAAUUUCCCCUGUAGACCUGAUAAAAAUAGUCAAGGGAUACAAGAGCUCAACAAGUCCUGACAUCUAUGGAAUCUCAACAGUGGUAUUGAAGUCAAUAGUUGAUGUUUUAGCUGUUGUUAUAGUUGAUGACUGCUUAGAUUCUGGAGUUUUUCCCAAGGAGCUGAAGACAUCAAGGACAAUUCCAAUCUUCAAGAAAGGUGAACCUGAUGAAUUGUCAAAUUUCAGGCCAGUCUCGAUAAUUCCUGUAUUUGGCAAACUCAUGGAAUUGGUGAUGUAUGUUCAGCUUUCACGGUAUUUUUAGAGUAAUUCCAUCUUCCAACAUCACCAGUAUGGAUUCCGUCAGGGGAGAUCAACCACGGGAGCUGUGCGGUAUUUAGUGGAGUCGGUUCUUGGGGCAAUGGAGGGCAGGCAGUCGGUCUCAGUUGCUUUGUGUGAUUUGACCAAGGCAUUCGACUGUGUCUCGCAUGACAUACUAUUGGGUAAAAUGAAGAGGUAUAGGAUAAGUGGAGUUCCCCUGAAAACCAUGGAGGAUUACCUCUCCAAUAGAAUACAGGUCACAUCGGUGAAUGGUGCGGAAUCACGGUCGAAGGAGGUGAUCUAUGGAGUGCUGCAGGGAUCGAUUCUUGGUCCUCUGUUGUUCCUUGUAUUCAUCAACGACUUCAGUGUGCAUGGAAGAGCCUUAUUGUUUGCUGAUGAUACCUCCCUGCUGGCCCAGGAUGAGGACCCCCAAACUGCUGUUGCCCAGUCUAAUCUUCUUGUAGAAGAGGCUUGCCAGUGGUUUGAAUCAAACAAACUGUGUCUAAAAGAGGGGAAAACACAGAACCUGUUAUGCACCUUAAGGCGUGGUCAGGCUCAUGGUGAGGCAGAGGUCAAACUCUUGGGUUUUGUGAUUGACCCCACUCUAUCAUUGGAUCGACAUAUUGGCAUCCUGUGCAAUCGACUGGCCAGGGUGACGUUUUUGAUGUGGAAGCUGAAGCAACAUGUGCCUGCCAACUACUUAAUUACAGCCUACCAUGGGCUGUUCCAUAGUCAUAUAAGCUACAGAAUAGUACUAUGGGGCCAUGCAGGUAGCUGUGAAAGGAUUCUCCUUCUACAGAAGAAAGUUCUUUGUGUCAUCACGUCAUCGCAUUACCUGGAGCACUGCCAGCCAAUCUUAAAAUGUCUGAAAAUACUGACAGUGUACAGUCAGUACAUGUAUAGCUCCCUACGGCUCCUAAGGAGUUAGGUUCAUGCCUACCAGGAGAGGGGCCAGCUGCACCACCACAAUACCAGGAGAUGGGGCAACAUUGACCUGCCCUACUCUAGACUAUCGAAAGCACACGAUUGCUACCCCUUACGGAUGCUAAAAAAUUUUAACAGACUGCCAAUUUGUGUUCGUGAGCUGGAGUAUGGGAAGUUUUGUAGGCUGGUACGUGAAAAACUCAUCAACUACCCUCUCAGGGUCACUAGUCGGCCCAAAAAUUUUCCAGAAUCCUGACUAUGCUACUUCUCUUUCUACACAAUCUUUCAUAGUUGCAAUUUGACUUACAAGCUACAAAAUUUCUCAAGUCUCAAAGAGGAUAGUGAUUAAAUGGGCAUGUGUAGAAUGAAAAAUACAAUAAUAACUUAAAUUCAAUAAAAUAUAAUUUUAUCUUUUCAAGGAAAAAGAGCAGAAUCAAAAACCAAGCAAAAUAAAUUUGUCUGAAAAUCAGGCUUGUGCGUGGGUAUGUCCAUGGUGGGAUAGAAAUGGAUCCAGUUUUGGGUGGGCUCAGAACUAUAGCUUUGAAUAAAAUUAUAGUCAUAUUUAGCAGGAGUCGGCUUCACCCAUUCAACUGGAAUAGCAGAUACAUAUCUGAUCUAUAAUAAUUUAAUAGUACAACCAUGGGAUUAGUAUCCCAUUACAGAUUAAUAGUAAGAUUCCUGCAGGUCAAGAUUACUCUAAAAAAAAGAGGAAUUAAAAAAAUAUAUACCACGGUAAACGUCAAGUCAAUAAUUGAGUUGUCCAUUGGAUCCCGUCAUUUAAUUUUAAGAAUCUGUGAAUGACGUAGUAUUUAGUGUUUAUAUAUAUAGCUAUAGUGUAGUCCACAUUAUAAUGGUGGUGUUUGAUUAGCAAUGGUAUUGCUAUCUUUGUCUAUCAUUCAACAAAGCGGAUAGCGCUAUCUCUUUCUCGCUUUGUUCUGUUGCCACAUUGUCUUUCGACAAUGUAGAAUUUAAUGACAAUUGACAAGA